AUAGGGUGAAAGAGAUAUCGAAGUAGCCACUUUUAUUCUUAAAAAUCAUCAAAUAAAUUAAACAUUGAGACAUUUUCUUUCCCGAUCAAUUUUUUAAGCAAAAAUAAUCUGUUUUCCUGGCUUGUUUUACAGAUUAUUUUUCACAAAUUUAAAUCAUAUCUCCAAUUUGUCAAAUUCUUGGCAUUACGAUUCCCUUCUUUGCGAAUGGUAAGUUCCAAAGGGUCACAUGACAUUGUUGAUGUACGUAAACUACUCGUAGUAGUAGUCGGCAUCGUAUUUCGGCUUUGUACAUGUACACAAUACCGGCGCGGCGAUACUGAUGAUGACGCAUGCAUGCAUGCACGAGAAAGUCACUGCAUACCUUAAUAGUUGAGCCGAGGCAGCAGACAGAGUCGGACUCUUAAAAUUCACUAUUUUUCUCAGGAUUUUUGAUCACCGUGUUGCCUAUUUCCGUUGCCGAUUACCACAUCGACAAGCAUCCAACACUAAGAAGAUAUAAUCGUGAAUGCGACACCCGUAUGCUAGCCACAUCUUCAGGAAAGAGGUUCACUCACGUGGCUCUUUGCGUAUUGGGAGUGGUAGCACAUGGUCCGCGGUACCGGCAUAUUUUGUUUACAUUUUGAAUGAAUGAACUGGACGAUUCAGCAUUUGUGGAACUUUUGAAAAACAUCAGUGUCGGUCUAAUUUGUACUUGUUACUAGCUCUGCUGACUGUCAAGAUCAUAUAUCAAUCAAAUUGAUCCAAGUUCCAUCAUCAUUAGACAGUGACUUUGGUUUGCUUGACUGAGUAUUUUGCUGGAGAAAAAGAUAAGGAAAAAAGAUGGCUGACGAGAAAGGACAAGGAGAUGUGCAGGCGGUAGCGAACCCUGUUGCCAAUGGCAAAACCGCCGACGAUGGCGACGAUGACCGCGUCGCUUUGAAGCCCAAGAUCUCGCUGUUGAAUGGAGUAACGAUCAUCGUCGGAAUCAUCAUCGGUUCCGGUAUUUUCAUCUCCCCUCAGAUUGUGUUGAAGUUGAGCGGAUCACCCGGUAUGUCGCUGAUUGUUUGGACCCUGUGUGGUGUGUUCUCGAUGGUCGGUGCCCUGUGUUACGGCGAGCUGGGCACCAUGAUUACCAUGUCCGGCGGUGACUACGCCUACAUCCUCACAGCGUUCGGCCCCCUGCCCGCCUUCCUACUGCUUUGGGUUACCCUUGUCAUCAUCAGGCCAACAGCUCAGGCUGUGGUUGCCAUGACAUUUGGUCAGUAUAUUCUGCAGCCAUUCUUCUCACUGGAUUGCCCUCCACCUGAUGUUCCCAUCAAAAUUCUGGCAGCUACUUGCAUAACUUUCCUGACAUUUGUCAACGCAUACAGCGUCAAGUGGGCAACGCGCGUGCAGGAUUUCUUCACCGCAGCAAAGGUCUUGGCCCUUAUCGUCAUCAUUAUCACAGGAGUCGUUCAACUUUGCAGAGGUAAAACUGAGAAUCUCCAGAAUGCGUUUGAAGGAUCAUCAAGCAAUGUUGGAGACAUUGCACUUGCUAUGUAUGCUGGUCUUUUUGCCUACGGUGGCUGGAAUUAUUUGAACUAUGUGACUGAAGAACUCAAGGACCCCUUCAGGAAUCUUCCAAGGGCCAUCGUCAUCUCUGUACCAUUGGUUAUCUUUAUCUAUGUUUCUGCUAAUGUCUCCUACUUCGUUGCUAUGUCACCGGCUGAAUUGCUUGCAACAGAUGCAGUUGCAGUGACCUUUGGUGACAAGCUUCUCGGAGUGAUGGCUUGGAUCAUGCCUGUGUCUGUCGCCCUCUCGACCUUUGGUGGGGUCAACGGACUUCUUCUAACAGGGUCUAGAAUCUACUUUGUUGGAGCUCGUAUCGGCCACCUGCCGGAGUCCAUUGCCAUGAUUAGCAUCAAGAGGAAGACUCCCUUACCGUCUCUUGUCUUUACUUGUAUCUUAUCCCUGCUCUACCUGUUUGCCCAAAACAUCGGUCAGCUGAUCAACUACUUCAGCUUCGUCACGUGGUUGGCAACCGGGACGUCCAUCGCCGGUCAGAUAUACCUCAGAUACAAAGCACCGGACAUGGCCAGGCCGGUCAAGGUGAACAUUAUUUUGCCUAUCAUCUUCUUACUUGCAUGCAUCUUCCUUACCAUUAUGGGAGUGUACGCUGCACCCGUCGAUACCCUCAUCGGAGCAGCCAUCUUGCUUUCUGGGGUACCCGUCUAUUUCUUUGGCGUCUGGUGGACGAGCAAACCAACUUGGAUCCUCAGUGCUGUCCAAAGCUUCACAAUCUGGAUGCAGAAGCUUCUACACUGUGUUGCAGAGGAAAAGGAAGAAUAAGCGCAAUCAUCCGUCGAAUCAUGAAAAUGAAACCCCCAUUCUGGGCUAAAUUGAUAUCUUUGAGGUGGAUUGAUACCAGGAAGAUGUUCACUCUACUGGAAAUUGCUUUCUCUUCUGGUACAAAUACUUGCCUCUAAAAAAGGAAAAAAAUUGAGAGAGAAAAAAAAAGAAUGCUAGAUUCCUAGCCACAAAAACAAAGAAACCGUAAUUCAGGAUCAGAAUUAACAAGGCCCUGGCCUUGUUUCACAUAACAUUAUCAGGGGAUGUAACAUAAAAGGAUGUGAUCAAUAUUUACAAUUGAUUUUACUUUCUGUACAUGAAUCGCCAUACACAUACAGUUGUGCUCAAGUGUACGUUUGAUUGUGUUUUGUGAUACAGGGCCCAUUAUAUAUUUAUACUUACAGGGAUGAGAACACCAUUUAUUUCAGUGAAAGAAAUUUUUUGAGGUAGUAAAAUAUCUUUAACGUGCUUAUAUGUGAUAAGCAUUAUAUGAAAAAGUAGGAUACUAUUAUUGUUUUUGUUAUAAGGAGUGUAAAAGUUUUUGUGGCAGUUGUGAAUCCCAGAGAAUUCUAACUUAAUAAUGGCAUACUUCAUAGAUUAUUCCCAUGGGUUCAUGUCCUUUUAGUGUACAUGUUCUGAAGGAAGCGAUUAUAAACAUGAUUAAGAGUUCUAUUGCAUUCAUGAAUGACAACCAUGAUUGUGACAGAAAAACGUGUUUAAAGAUGAAUCUUUCACUACUCGUGAUGUUUCCUUCCUAAAGUCAUGAUUGAUACAUGCAACUUUGUUUCUCGUGAAUAUUUCAAACAGUUAUUCUGGGGUGUGCAAUCGUUGCACCCCCUUCCAAUUUACUUGCCCAGAACAUACAUGUAUAUUUAUUGCCCCUCCCCCCCUCUUCUACACAAAAAUAAUGAAAAUAAACAUUGAUUAGUUAGUUUUGUUCCAUUUCCAAUUAUAUAAAUAUUUGUACUAAAUAUGUAUUAUCCAGUAUUUUAGACACACUUGCACUAUGAUCAUUACAUCCAUAGACCUUUGCCAUUGGAUCCUCAUGAUGGCUUGAUUGAAAUUAUUUUCCAAAAGUGUCAAGUUACUUGAAAUUGAUCAAUGAAGAAAGCUUUGUCUUGAGCGGCUGGAUCUGCAGCAGAGCUUAGUGCUGUUACCCAACAACCAAUAUUGAAAUGAAUUCUUCUGGAUCGGUUUUUAAGUUCUUAAAUUCAGCACUAUUUUAAUAUUUACCUCUUCAUUCCAUGCAGAUAUUCACUAUUUCAAAUAUUUGAAUGGAAUUCAAAUCUUGAAUUUGUUUGUUCAGAUGUUGGAAUGGUCAAAGCGCACAAAUCAAACUGCUGACUUAAAAAAACAAGAGGAUCAUCUAUGAAUUACCUUAAUUGAGUCCCUCAAGUUUUGAGCAUAACAAAGGUGUAAAUGUUGAUACCAGAAAUUUGUAUUCUUUGACCGUUGUGGGAAGGUAAAAUGAGAAUGAUUAAUGCUUAACUCAUAAUGAAAUUAGACUUUCCAUCAACGUAAUAUUAAGCAUUUUAUAAAACAUCACAAGCAUUUAUGACAUUUGCUUGAGAAUACUCUGUUAAAUAGUUUAUUUUUUGUUUUGACUUUUUGGGUUGAAGCAUAGUUUGGCUGACACUUCAUUCGUUAAUAAAACAGUCCACCCUGUAGUAUUGUUAACCUUGAGACAUGUGCAAUAUGUGAUUGUGCCUGUGGACAUGUCAUCUAACAUGGUCUUGAUAGAAGGGCGCCCUCUAUUUUCAUUCUAAAUUGUGGUUAUUAAGACUUAUUUAUAGGGGGAGUUUCACAAAGAUUUCAGUGUGACCUUGAGUCAUGCUUAAACGUCAAUGUGCACUUGAUUGACAGAUACACAUGCUCAUGAUCUAACCAAUGUGGUGAUGCAUAAUAUGCCACAUUCAACUGAAAUGUAAGUGCAACUCUUAAGUUACACUUGAAUUUUUGUAAAACACCCCAAGGCUUAGAAAACCCGAGAAUAGCUCUUCAGAAUGUAUCUGAUGCUUGAGAGGAAAGAGGAUAAAUGCGAAGAAGUGACAUGAAAAGUUUUUUUUAUAUAAAUGAUCUGCUUGUUACUCUUAAAGUUCAACGCCUGCUUUGCUUGUUGUAUGCAAGCAAGUGGGAGGCUGAAUGUGAUAUAUUUGUACCGUUCAUAAUGUACUGCUGCACAGCUUAGGAGGGGAUGUCACAAUACGAUUUCAGUUCAUUGCGCUUUAUAGUAAUGCAGUUGUAAUACGUGUGGGGAAUACUGGCUAAAUGUACAAGCUGCUGCAGAUAAAAUGUGCGUUUGAGGGAUUUUGCUUUCAACAAUUCUUUCCUCAUUUUCAUAGAUUAAUGUAAGAAAAAAAUAAAUUGCUUGUAUUUUUUGCCUUCUUCCGAGGGAUUAUACAACACACAUAGUGAAUAUUCUUAUUCGUGCAAUAGUAUCGCAUUCCACAUUUGGUGAAAGAAAGAGACACUCUAUUCAGCUCAGCCAUGCCUCACUGAAGAGAGCAUCUUCCUUUCACUUUAUGCGAAAUAUCGUACUGUCACACUCAUGCGUAUUUGCUAUUUGCAUAUUAUUAUGUAAAGCCUUGUGUCUUGUCUCAAAUUUCACUAUGUUCUCAUGCUGUUUUUGGUCAAGUUUGUUAGAAUCAUGUCUGUAUCUUUUGCUUUUUUAGUAAAUUUAGUUCUCUCUAUAGCUGACACAACACCUUGUAUAGAAGAUUAACUUAGUUAAAGCAUUAUGGGGAAAUUAUUCCUUACAAAGUCUUAUUUCUUAUCGUUGUUCUGAAAUGGAAUUUUAUUAGAUUCUGUGUACAAUACUUUGGUGCUUGGGUAUUUAUUUACAACCAUCUUCCCUUCCCUUUAUUUAUUUAUUUUUUUCAUUUAUGCUCUUUUGUUGCAUUGAGUUUUUGAACAAUUUCUUUAAUGCUUUCAUUUUUGUUGAGCUCUUCUGCGAUUUAGAUAAAGGCGCUCUUAACCUCUCAUUGCAUAAUUAAUAUCAUUUCUUUUAAUUGAUUUGUUGUUAUGUUGAAUUGCUUCACUCUAACUUCAGGCUAGAGAGGGGGUAUACUCUUCCUAUUCUGAUGUCCUUUUCUGUAUUUGUGAGAUAAGAUUAAUAUAAUUUGUCACAAAUUCUCCCUCUUCUAGCUUUUAAUUGAUAACUCACUUUCACUUUACAAUAAUAAGCUAUCAUUUUGUUGAUAGAAUGAAAAAAACCUAGAUGUAUACGGUCUUGUGUCUAGUUUAGCCCUGACUCAGGAAAAACUGCACAAGUUAAAAAAGGCUUUUUAUUGUGCUUUACAAACUUGUAUAAAUGAACCUUGGAUUAGCUUUCAUAAAGUCCUAACUAAAAAGAAAGACACAAGUUGAAGCAAGACAUUAGAAUAGUCACUUUAUUUAUUUCUUGUUCAUUGACCAGUAAACUGAGUUUUAUUCAAGUCACUUCUGUUUUGUGUAUGCCAUUGAUAAUAGGUAUUUAUAUAACAUGGAUUGCAGAGCGUACAUAAGGUCUUUGUUUGGGGAGAUCAUUGGUGUAUGUUUCUUUUUCACUUGCCAUUCAUCUAUUUAUGAACCACAUGAAAUAGUUUGUUUAAUGCUACUGCAUUGUCUAUUUUUCUUUCUGUUUACCAAGUUACUUGGAAUGAGUUACAGUUCAAUCAAAGAUUUCAUUCUAUUUUUCUUUCUGACUUAGGAUAGGAAGGAAGAAUGAUAAUUGAUUAAGAAUGCACAAAUUUUUAUUUGAUGAAAAAAAAUACAAAUUUUUGCUGUAUAUUGAACAAAAAAGAGAAUUUUGUGUACAUUUAGAGAAGAAUCAAUUUUAGAUUGUUGGAUUUUCUUUUUAGAUGUAUUUAUGUUACUAAAUACAUGCACAUCUGAAAUAACAAGUCUAUUUAUGUGUUAGGUUGUAACUAAGUUGAAUAGAAAAGAUAUGAGAUAAGUUAAUCUUCAGCUUUGUAAAUUUGUACAGCGGCCUGUCGUGGGAGGAUACCGCCUUGUAGAAUAAGCCAGUAGGUUAGUAGGUGCACUGGUAGUUAAAAUCUUAACUAAUAAUUGCUGUAAAUGAAAAACUUGUCUUAUGAAAAGCAUUGUAAAUUUGCUGUGAAAAUUGUUUGAUUUGAUUUUACAAUGCUGGCGAAAAAAACCCAAAGCCUUUGUGGCAGUGAUCAUGAAAUUCUGUCUACCUGUUUAAGUAAAAUUUGAAUUGUCUUAUGAGUUGUUUUUUGAAUUGGGGAAUUUUAAGAGAAAAUCAUGUAGAGGCAUGAGAAACAAUCUUUCUCCCAUAGAAAAAGGCCUGAUUUGGGGUUAAGCUCGUAGAGGCCUGUUUUAACUCUCUGUUUUGUAGUUAGAUUGUAGAGAUAUGAUUUCUGGAGAUGUUUGUUUGUCAAAUAAUUUGCCAGGUUAUGAGAAGAGGAAUAAAAACUUUCAGCAUACAGGGUCUUAAUUCAUCACAA